CCCCCCCACCUGCAAAAUGCAUGAGUCCAACAGCUCCCGAGAGAUCUGUCCAGAAAUCGACAAACUCUUCAACAAGCGCUAUGAGCUCUGUGCCAACGAGGUUUUCAACCUCCCCAGUGCAGAUUGCAUGUUCGUGGGUCCUCCUUGGAAGAUCAAGGCCCUCCAGGACCUCAAGAACACCCUGAACGGUAUAAAAAACUCGCUUAAUGACGUCGAGCUGCAAUCUUGGCACAGUCACACCAACAAGAUGAACCCAGCAGGUGAGAUCCAAUGGCACCUUCGCACAACUAUAAAUCCAGAAUUGCUGACCCAAGCCUGGUGUAAGUUCUACGAGAACGUCUCCUCCUUUCCCCUGAUCCCCCAGUCCUGCCUAGACUCUGGAAUCCUCACUUCUGUGCACCUGUGCGAGGCCCCAGGUGCAUUUAUAACGUCCCUGAAUCACUACCUCCAGCUGAAUCACCCGAAAAUCAACUGGACCUGGACAGCUUCGACCAUGAAUCCCCACUACGAGGGUAACCUCCUAACCUUGAUGAUCAACGAUGACAGGUUGAUUCUCCAUACUGCAGACCACUGGUAUUUUGGUGAGGACAACACUGGUGAUGUAAUGAGUCUAAAGAACCUCGAGGGACUCGUCAAGAGGGGCAAGACCAUGCUGGUGACUGCUGAUGGCAGCAUCAGCUGCCUUGACCGACCUGCUGAGCAGGAGCUUGUCGUUGCCCAUCUCCAUUACUGCGAGGUCAUCGCUGCUCUCAGCAUAUUGGCUGAUGGGGGCAGUUUCUUGCUGAAGAUAUUCACAAUUUUUGAACACCAAACUGUCUGUCUAAUGUACCUCCUGAGGUGUUGCUUUGACCGAGUCAUCCUGAAUAAACCUGCGACGAGUAAGGAAGGAAAUUCUGAGGUGUACGUCAUCUGUCUGGGGUUCAGAGGCCAGGAACGGGUGCAGGAGCAUCUGAAGGUGCUCAGAGGCUGCUACGAAAGCGGCCCAACAGCUCCCAUAUUUCAGAGGGAAGAUUUGCCUGAGGUAUUCGUGAGCGAGAUCACUCAGGCCUCCAAGUUCUUUAUGGAACUCCAGUGUGAAGUCAUUAAGCGCAAUGUUGCGACGUUUGCGGAGAAGGACAGCGUGAACAACCUCAGAGCAGAUGUCGUUAAGCAUUUCUUAGACAUUUAUGGAAUCGAGUGGAUCGGGGAGGAGAAGGAAAUAGUGGGCAAGAGUAAAUUAGAGAUUUUUAAAUACCAGAUCAUGGGGCGCAAAUCCCAGGGAUCCUUCAAUGACAGGAAGAGGAAGGCGCACAUGCAAGAGAAAUUGAGGCUCAAGGCAGCGCAGAUGGAUGUUCGUACCGUCCUGGCCGAGGGGGAGUUUUCGUUUCAUCUCCCAAACGAUCCAGGACCUCUCAAAAUAAUCCUUGGAAAACCCUUUGAAAAAGUCCUGAGCUCGCGGUUCUGUGAAUCAAUAAUUCUCGGCCAUCUCAGCUUCUGUUUUGAACAGAUUAAUGGACGCCGUUUGAAAUGUGAAUUUCCGCAUGUAAAACCCAAGAAUCGGUUUCUGGAAGAAAUGCAAAAAGAGAACAAAAGAGUCUACAGCUUCGGGUACAGUCCAGCUGUGGAUCCAAAUUUAAUUAGAAAAGUUAACGAAAUAGUCGAGAGCAUCGAAGAGGGUCAGACAAUAAUUCUUCUCGAGUAUUCUCUCCUGACUCAGUUGAACUUGGGAAUUCUGUAUCUCUUGGGCCACGCAUUCGAGAAACUAGUGAUACAGCUCAGGCAAGAUCUGGGAAGUGUCGUGACCCUGAACAAUGCCAGAAAGCCUGACAAAGUCAGGGAAGCCUUCAGAGAAAUCAUUGAAGCGUUCGAAACAGCUAAAGCUAACAACAAAGUCAUAGUAUCGAUCUUCCCAAUUACCAAAUUAUGUGCUUCCGAACUGAACCCAUACCUCCUGACGAUUAAUCAUGCGGUGAUCAAACAUAUUAUCGAUCAUCUCUAUACGAUAAACUAUUUGUCCUGGGUUCGGAAGGAAAAUUAGAAUCGCUUGGAAUAGGAUCUCUUGGACAAGGAUCUGACGCUCUUUAUUUCUUUUAUUAAUCAUUUAAUUACAUUUUAUUUUUAACUACAUAAGCACAUUUUUUUUGUUAAUUGUAUUCAAGACAGUUCCGAUGAGGGGAAUCAUAAAUAUAAUCAUCAAUAUAACAAUAA